CUGAAGCUAAACAUAUUGAUUAUUCAGAUGAAUUUAUAUUAGAAUCAGUCAAAGAAAGAUUAGAUGCAUACAAUAUUAAAACUUUACCUGAUUAUCAGGCUCUUGCUGAUGUUAUAGUGAUGCUUUGUAUUCGUCUUGCUGAACUUAAAACUUUAUGCAUUACAGAUACUGGAGUGAUGGGUUAUGUGAAGAACCGAGGUCAGCUAGAUAUUCCUAGAAAAUUUAGAUCUAUGGAAAAGAAUCAAGAACGAGCUAAAGAACUACUCACUUGA